AUGUCGUGGUUGUCCGGUUCCUCCAACACUGAGAAGGCUGCUGCCCCUGCUCCUGCCGAGUCGGUGCCUGCGGAAAAGCCCAAGCCAUGCUGCGUUUGCAAGACCGAAAAGACCGCCCGCGAUGACUGCAUGCUCUUCUCCAAGACCGACGAUCCCACACAGGAGUGCAAACCUCUGAUUGAUCAGUACAAGGCCUGCAUGGCUGGCUACGGCUUCAAGGUCUAA